CGUGAGGUUAUUUUAAGGGGCUUGGUGUUGUCAGCUGUUGUCUUGAUUCCCCUGUUGAACCCUCCAUACUCUUCUCUUUCACUCGGCUAAAACUCUGGACUGACUGUCACAUUGUCCUCCUUUCAAUUUGAAUCGAACCGACGAAUGCUGGCAGAUGAUGGAAGGCAGUGACCAGACCACCAAUGAACAAGUCAAUGACAGAGAGGAGCAGCCGGUGGACCCUAUGGAGGACUUUGGCCAGCAGCUAGAGGACAUAAUCAACACCUAUGGCUCAGCGUCCAGCUUAAUGCAGGAGCAGAUCUCUAUCCUGGAAAAUGAAGAAAAUAAAGAAGCAGCGAUAGCCGGUGAAGAGAUAAUCUCUGGGGAAGCCGGUCCAGAAAAGGAGCAAGCUGAUUCAAAACUGCACAAGGACCUAGGUGAAGAAGCCAUGUCCUUAUUGCAAAGUCUGAACAAGCUCAGCUCGCCGGAAGAGAAAGUGGAAAUGGCUUUGAAGAAAUACGCAGAGCUGGUGGAGAAACACAAGUUGGAGAAGCAGCAGCUUGAGCAGAGGCAGGGUCUUCUGGUCAAGCAGAGAGAUCAGAUCCAGUUUGAACACAGUCGUGCCAUUCUGGCUCGUGGCAAGCUGGAGAUGCUAUGCAGAGAGCUUCACAGACAUAACAAGAUGCUGAAGGAGGAGAGUCUGCAAAGGCUGCAGGAAGAUGAGAUGAAGCGGAGGGAGAUCACUGCUCACUUCCAGAGCACGCUGGUGGACAUCCAGGGUCAGAUCGAGCAGCACAGCAGUCGUAACAACAAGCUGUGUCAGGAGAACAGUGACCUGGCCAACAAACUCAAGACUCUCAUUGAUCAGUAUGAGAGAAGAGAACAGAGUUUAGAGAAGAUCUUUAAACACAGAGAUCUACAGCAGAAAUUGUCUGAUGCCAAACUGGAAGAAGCAAACAUGCUACUUAACCAGGCAGAAGAGAAGCACAAGAGAGAGAAGGAAUAUUUACUCACUCAUGCUGCAGAAUGGAAACUACAGGCAAAAGAACUGAAAGAACAGCACACACUCAUGCAGGCUCAGCUAGUGUUGUAUUCCCAAAAAUUUGAAGAGUUCCAGGCUACACUGGCGAAGAGUAAUGACAUUUAUGUUACUUUCAAACAGGAAAUGGACAAGAUGACGAAGAAGAUGAAAAAGCUAGAAAAGGAGUCAAAUAUAUGGAAGACACGGUUUGAAAGCUGCAACAAAGCUCUUGUUGAAAUGAUAGAGGAGAGAUCAGAAAAGGCAAAAGAGUUUGAACUCUUCACUGUAAAGAUUGACCGGCUGGAGACUUUAUGCCGAGCCUUGCAGGAUGAGAGAAAAUGUCUGUACAGUAAGAUUCAAGAUAUUCGUCUCCCAGACAAAGCAGCCAUAUCAACUCCACAAGUGGAUGAGAUUCCAGACCUCGCCCAAAUUUCUAACCUGGCUCCUAGCCCUUUAAUGACCGCUGAGAUGGAGAAGCUGCGACAGGAGCAGAUCCGCCUGCAGGAAUUUGCCGCCGCCUUGGCAACUCCCAUAGCAGAUGACAGUGGGGAAACAGACAGUGAGGAAGAUGAGUCUAAACUAGAGUUGCCAACUGUUCCUGAGGUCCCAAAAAUUGAACUAAAAAAAGAAACAGAUGAGCUGAAAUUAAUUCAACAGGAACCAUGUAUCGCAGAGGAUAAAAAAACGGAGGCUGUUGUUGCCGAUGAAAAGAAGCCAUUACCCGCAAAUCCUGAACCAACCAAACCUGAAGCAGAAACCAAAUCUCCCCAAGACGAAGAGAAGCCAUCACCCACAAAUCCUGAACCAAUCAAACCUGAGGAAGAAUCCAAACCUCCCCAAGAUGAAAAGAAGCCAUCACCCAUAAAUCCUGAACCAAUCAAACCUGAAGCAAAAUCCAAACCUCCCCAAGUUGAAGAAGAGCCAUCACCCACAAAUUCUGAACCAACCAAACCUGAAGCAGAAUCCAAACCUCCCCAAGUUGAAGAAAAGCCAUCACCCACAAAUUCCGAACCAACCAAACCUGAAGCAGAAUCCAAACCUCCCCAAGUUGAAGAAAAGCCAUCACCCACAAAUUCCGAACCAACCAAACCUGAAGCAGAAUCCAAACCUCCCCAAGUUGAAGAAAAGCCAUCACCCACAAAUUCCGAGCCAAAGAAACCUGAAGCAGAAUCCAAACCUCCCCAAGUUGAAGAAAAGCCAUCACCCACAAAUUCCGAGCCAAACAAACCUGAAGCAGAAUCCAAACCUCCCCAAGUUGAAGAAAAGCCAUCACCCACAAAUUCCGAACCAACCAAACCUAAAGCAGAAUCCAAACCUCCCCAAGAACCUCAACAACCGGAAAUUACCAAACAACAAGAGUCAGCCAAAGAGAAACCAAAGCAAGAAGAAGUGAUAAAAGCGAUCAAACUAGAAACAGUCAAACAAGAACCUACUGAGCCACAGCCUGUUGUGAAAGAAGAGGCAAUUCCAGAACAGAAGAACGUUGCAGUUGUUAAAUCCGAGCUACCUAAAACAGAGUCCUCCAAACAAGAGCCCCCCAAAGAGGAGCAUAUUCAGAAAGAUGAAGUUGCAUCAGACGGAGCCAAAGCACAGGCAACAAAAUCUAAAGCCCCAAAAUCCCAAGAGGCCAAAUCAAAGAACGGCAAACCUCAGUCUAAAAAACAAGCUCCUUCCAAGAAAAAGGGUUCUGCUAAGGGUGGGAAUAAAAGCUAGGCCAAAUAAGAGUGCAAUACCAUAUAGGAUUUUCUAUAUUGUCAAAUCGGUUUGUUUUAGUGUAGUUGUGUGUCUUGUUGUUUGCGAGUUACAGGUAACAUAUAAGAUGACAAACAGGUCAUAAGCUGCUUGCCUUUCCAGAAAGUUUUACAUUACGGGUGGUUUGCAUAGUUUACGUUUUGCAUAGUUUUCAGAAUGUAACGUGGGUUUUUUAUUUUUAGGGUAAUACUCAAGUAUAAUACUUGUAAUACUUUCAAAUAAACAUCUGUUGACAAUCCUA